GAUGAAAUGAUUCCACAUUUGGACCCUGGGAUGGUUUCUUCAACCGUUGAUCCUGAUGCUGCUGGAUACGCUGAAAGAGCAAACAAAGCCAAGAAGCCAGUCAAGAUUAGUGCCCGAAGCCUUGCAAAGCCGGAAAGAAACGAGGUGAUGAAAGCUGCAGCAAAAGCUCGGGCAUCAUCCUCUAUUCUCCGACCAAUAGAUGCCCGCCAUGGCAAUGAAGCUGAUAUUAGCUCCAGUGGCAAUGCCAAUGUCAGGAGUAGCAUGAGUGUUGACUACAGUGCUACAAAGGAAUCGAGGAGUGAGAUGCUGCUGUCCCCUCUACGGAACUUGUAUCCGCAGAGUCUUGCCAGUUACGAUGACUAUGAGACUGGCACACAGACUGCAAACAGUUUAAACAGCCCGGUCCACAUCCACAAGCUUGCCCCUCAUGCUCAAUUUCGUGUAGCACCUCAUCCAGCUCCACCUCCUAAAAGGCCUGCGCUAGGGAUUACAAGGCCACAUGUUCCUACCACACAUAUAAGUAACAACCCAAUGUUCCAGUUGUAG